AUGGCCUGCGGAGUGGCGCAGCUGGAGGCCGGGCUGCUGAACUUCGAGCGGUUCCGGGACUCGAGCACACCGCGGUUAGUCUAUGGCUACGGGCAGCGCAGCCUGCACGAGCUGCGGGAGCACGAAUUCAGCCGCCUGGCAGGAACAGUUUACCUCGAUCAUGCGGGAGCCACGGUGUUCCCCCAGAGCCAGCUCACAAGCUUCACAGAUGAUCUCCUGAAAAACGUUUAUGGUAACCCUCACAGCCAGAACAUCAGCAGCAAGCUCACCCUUGACACUGUGGACCAGGUGCGCUACAGGGUCCUGGCACACUUCCACACCUCUCCAGAUGACUACAGUGUGAUUUUCACCUCUGGGAGCACAGCUGCUCUGAAGCUGGUGGCCGAGGCCUUUCCAUGGGAGCCCCAGAGCCCCGAGAACACCGGGAGCCGGUUCUGCUACCUUACCGACAACCACACCUCCGUGGUGGGCAUGAGGGAGGUUACCAGAGCCAUGAAGGUCACUUCCAUCCCCGUCAGACCAGAGGAUCUGCAGCUAGUGGAGACUCGGGGUGCUGCUGCCCACGGCUCUGAUGGCCAGGCCCUCCAUCUCUUCUGCUACCCAGCUCAGAGUAACUUUUCCGGAACCAGAUACCCACUUUGUUGGAUAGAAGGAAUCAAAUCUGGGCGGAUGUGCCCUGUGGAUGCUCCUGGGAAGUGGUUUGUGCUGCUCGACGCGGCCUCCUACGUGAGCACAUCGCCUUUGGACCUGUCUGUGCACCAGGCUGACUUUGUCUCCGUCUCCUUUUAUAAGAUCUUUGGAUUCCCCACCGGCUUAGGGGCUCUGCUGGUGAAUAAUCAUGUGGCGCCUCUGCUGAGGAAAUCCUACUUUGGAGGAGGCACAGCCGCUGGAUACCUUGCAGGUGAAGACUUCUACGUCCCGAGACAGUCGGUGGCUGAAAGGUUUGAAGAUGGCACCAUCUCCUUCCUUGAUGUGAUCGCACUGAAACAUGGAUUUGAUGCCCUGGACCGCCUCACAGGUGGGAUGGAGAAUAUAAAGCAACACACCUUUACCUUGGCGAAGUACACCUACGCUGCCCUGUCCUCUCUCCAGUACCCCAAUGGAGCCCCUGUGGUGAGGAUUUACAGUGACUCUGAGUUCUGCAGCCCCGAUAUUCAGGGUCCAGUCAUCAACUUCAACGUGCUGGAUGAGCAGGGGGACAUUAUUGGUUACUCCCAGGUGGAUAAAAUGGCCAGUCUUUACAACAUCCAAGUGCGAACUGGCUGCUUCUGUAACACUGGAGCUUGCCAGAGACACCUCGGGAUAAGCGAUGAGAUGGUCAAGAAGCAUCUGCAGGCUGGUCACAUCUGUGGAGACAAUGUUGAUCUCAUAGAUGGGCAACCUACAGGGUCUGUGAGGAUUUCAUUUGGAUACAUGUCUACGCUGGAGGAUGCCCAGGCCUUCCUCAGAUUCAUCAUAACAACCCGAUUGUGUUCAUCACGUGGCCAGUCCUUCCCUCAGACCCUCGCUGGGGAGGCCGCAGCCCCAUCAGCAGAGCACAGCGCUCUGAACGUUCCAACUGUCACAGAUGUAUGCAGUCUCUUGCCUCAGGAAGACACUCUCAUGGAGUCUGGAGUUUGGAAUGGCUUUUCCACCACCACAAAUGUUGUGGAACUGUGCCCACCUGUGUCUGAGGUCAACAGAAGACAGCAGACUUCUUCUGAGGAAGUCCUGGCUGGGGGUCAUGGAGCACACAUUGUCACCAACCUCUACCUCUACCCAGUCAAAUCCUGUGCUGCAUUUGAGGUGACCAGGUGGCCUGUAGGAAACCAAGGACUGCUGUAUGACCGGAGCUGGAUGGUUGUGAAUCACAACGGUAUUUGCCUGAGUCAGAAACAGGAACCUCGGCUCUGCCUGAUCCAGCCCUUCAUUGACCUGCAGCAAAGGAUCAUGGUCCUCAAAGCCAAAGGGAUGGAACCUAUAGAGGUGCCCCUUGAGGAAAACAGUGAGCAGGCUCAGAUUUGCCAAAGCAAGGUCUGUGCUGAUAGAGUAAAUACUUAUGACUGUGGAGAAAAAAUUUCUAGAUGGCUGUCAGAGCUUUUUGGCCGUGAGUGUCAUUUGAUCAAACAAAGUUCAAACUUCCAAAGAAAUGCUAAGAAGAAACAUGGAAAAGAUCAGUCUCCUGGUACAACAGCUACCCUUUCUUUGGUGAAUGAAGCUCAGUAUCUGCUGCUGAACAGAUCAAGUGUUUUGGAACUUCAGCAGCAAUUAAAUGUUAGUGACGAGAAUGGAAAGGAAGAAUUGUUCCCAAUGAGUGAUCUCAUCUCACGUUUCCGUGCCAAUAUUGUUACCAAUGGGACAAAGGCUUUUGAAGAAGAGAAAUGGGAUUCAAUUUCAGUUGGAUCCUUGCAUUUCCAGGUUUUGGGACCUUGUCAUAGAUGCCAGAUGAUUUGCAUCGACCAGCAAACUGGGCAACGAAACCAAGAUGUUUUCCAGAAACUCUCUGAGAGUCGAAAAAGAAAGGUGAACUUCGGGGUGUACCUGAUGCACACAUCUUUGGAUUUAUCUUCUCCAUGUUUCCUGUCUGUAGGAUCUCAGGUGCUCCCUGUAUUGAAAGAGCAUGCAGAAUGCCAUCAUUUACCUACUUCUGAGAAACAGCAGGACGUGAUCUCUUAA